AUGAUCAGCAUCGAGAAUUCCGGCACUAGGGUUCUCCCAGACAUAUUCAACGCGGUUGUACUGAUCACCAUAAUCUCUGCGGGCAACUCCAACGUGUAUAUCGGCUCAAGGGUCCUGUACAGCCUAUCCAAAAACAGCUUGGCACCCAAGUUUCUGUCGAUCGUUACCACGGGCGGAGUCCCCUACUUUGCCGUUUUGGCGACAUCCGUAUUCGGAUUCCUGGCUUUCUUAGAGACUUCUGCAGGCAGUGGCAAGGCCUUCAACUGGCUGUUGAACAUCACUGGUGUGGCAGGUUUUUUUGCAUGGCUGCUGAUUUCGUUCUCGCACAUCCGUUUUAUGCAAGCGAUAAGCAAACGCGGAAUAUCGAGGAAUGAUCUGCCUUACAAGGCCCGCAUGAUGCCGUACCUAGCUUACUAUGCGUCCUUUUUCAUCGCCCUGAUAGUUCUGAUCCAAGGAUUUACCGCAUUUGCGCCCAUUUUCCAGCCUGUAGAUUUUGUCGCCGCAUACAUAUCGGUCUUCCUGUUUGUGGCAAUCUGGAUCACAUUCCAGGUUUGGUUCAAGUGUCCCAUAAUCUGGAAGUUGCAGGACGUCGACAUAGAUUCCGACCGCCGUGAAAUAGAGGAGCAGGUAUGGAUAGAACCCUUACACAAAACCAAAUGGCAGUGCGUGUGGGAUGUCCUUGCAUAG